AUUGACAAUGUGCUUAACGAAGAAGCAGGUGUCGAUACGAUGCUGGACAACAGGCAUUUGGUAAUACGAGGUGAAAAUACAGCAGCCAUAUUGCGCCUAAAAGCAGCUGCUACCCGUGCAAUGCGUGAACACUUCCAUAGCGCAGGCUACACCGAAGUGAUGCCACCAACGUUGGUUCAAACUCAGGUGGAAGGUGGAUCGACCCUAUUUGAGCUAAGCUAUUUUGGCGAGCCAUCAUAUCUGACCCAAUCAUCGCAACUGUAUUUGGAAACUUGUAUUCCUUCGCUGGGCGAUGUUUUUUGCAUUGCUCAGUCUUACAGAAGUUUGCUUUUGGCAUCGCCAUUCGGUGCUGGCUUUACCUUACCAAAGGCAUUUGUGAUUGUUGUAUGA